ACCAUCAUCACGACUAACUUCAACUGAAGCAGCACGGACAGAGCAGACGCCUGUCUGGAUGGAGGGCAAACCGUCCACUUGAUUCGCAUCAAUACCCGUCGCUCGCGGCGUGAACAGCAUUCGGGCACUUAUUUAGGAUUAGUUAUUUUCAUUAUUUUUUUUUUGAAUGAAAGGGGCUCACGUGAGAGUGAUAUUCCAGCGACGAUGAUCCCAUCAUGUUGCAGACACAGUCAGUGUGAUCUGCUAUGGUGAUACUACAAGCUACCCCAAGCUAGCAGAGGGAUUGUUUUGGGAGAUACCUUUUCGAGACCCGUACGCCGACACAUGAAUUAGACGCUUUUUGUGAGUUUUCAUCAAGCUGGAACACAAAAGGGGAUGUCUAGCCAAGGAGUGAGGAGAAACGGCCCAGUGAAGCUGCGGUUGACAGUCCUGUGUGCAAAGAACCUGGCAAAAAAAGACUUCUUUCGGUUGCCAGAUCCUUUUGCCAAAGUGGUGGUGGAUGGCUCAGGACAAUGCCACUCUACAGAUACUGUGAGAAAUACGCUGGACCCAAAGUGGAAUCAACAUUAUGAUCUAUACAUCGGAAAGGCAGACUCAAUCACCAUCAGUGUAUGGAACCACAAGAAGAUCCACAAAAAGCAGGGCGCAGGUUUCCUCGGCUGUGUCCGCCUCCUGUCCAACGCCAUCAACAGACUCAAAGACACUGGCUAUCAGAGACUGGACCUGAAUAAGUUGGGCCCCAAUGACAAUGAUAAUGUGAGAGGACAAAUAGUCGUAAGUCUUCAGUCCAGAGAUCGCAUUGGGACAGGAGGGCCGGUGGUGGACUGCAGUCGUUUGUUCGACAAUGACUUACCCGAUGGCUGGGAAGAGAGGAGGACAGCCUCUGGAAGGAUACAGUACCUGAACCACAUCACACGCACCACCCAGUGGGAGAGACCUACGAGGCCGGCGUCGGAGUACUCCAGCCCAUCUGGGCGGCCGCUGAGCUGCGUGGUGGACGAGAACACGCCAGUGAUGACGCCCGUUAAUGGGGCCGAGGCCAGCUGCCCGCCGGGCGAACAGCGGAUCCAGGAGAGACGGGUUCGAUCGCAGCGGCAUCGCAACUACAUGAGUCGAACACACCUGCAUACACCGCCUGACCUGCCCGAGGGUUAUGAGCAAAGAACAACUCAGCAGGGCCAAGUCUACUUCCUCCACACACAGACUGGAGUCAGCACCUGGCAUGACCCUCGGGUGCCCAGGGACCUAAGCAAUGUGAACUGUGAGGAGCUGGGUCCACUGCCACCAGGCUGGGAGAUCAGAAACACAGCCACGGGUCGCGUCUACUUUGUCGACCACAACAAUAGAACCACACAGUUCACGGACCCGAGACUAUCUGCUAACCUGCAUCGUGUGCUCAACCCAAGUCCAAAUGGUUCCCGUGUGGCCACGGACAGCCAAAACACUAACCUCAGUCAUCCGCCGCAGCUGAAGGACCAGGGUGGUCCUGGUGUCCCUCAGCAGGCUCUGUCCCCAGCCCAGCUGCCCGAAGAGGCCGAGUGCCUGACUGUGCCCAAGUACAAGAGGGACCUGGUGCAGAAGCUGAAGAUCCUGCGGCAGGAACUCUCCCAGCAGCAACCCCAGGCCGGCCACUGUCGCAUUGAGGUCUGCCGCGAAGAGAUAUUUGAGGAGUCGUACCGGCAGGUGAUGAAGAUGCGUCCAAAGGAUCUCUGGAAAAGACUGAUGAUCAAAUUCAGAGGCGAAGAGGGUCUGGACUACGGCGGGGUGGCAAGGGAAUGGUUAUACCUGCUGUCCCACGAGAUGCUGAACCCCUACUACGGCCUGUUCCAGUACUCCAGAGACGACAUCUACACUCUACAGAUUAACCCGGACUCUGCCGUCAACCCGGAGCACCUGUCAUACUUCCACUUCGUGGGUCGCAUCAUGGGCAUGGCGGUGUUCCACGGCCACUACAUCGAUGGAGGCUUCACUCUGCCCUUCUACAAACAGCUGUUGGGAAAACCGAUCACGCUGGACGACAUGGAGUCCGUCGACCCGGACCUCCACAACAGCCUUGUCUGGAUCCUGGACAAUGACAUCACUGGCGUCCUGGACCACACGUUCUGUGUAGAGCACAAUGCCUAUGGAGAAAUCAUCCAACACGAGCUCAAGCCCAAUGGCAAGAGUGUCCCAGUCACAGAGGACACCAAGAAGGAGUAUGUCAGGUUGUAUGUGAACUGGCGUUUCCUGCACGGCAUCGAGGCUCAGUUUCUGGCCCUGCAGAAAGGCUUCAAUGAGGUUAUUCCUCAACACCUGCUCAAAUCCUUUGAUGAAAAAGAACUGGAGCUGAUCGUGUGUGGCCUAGGAAAGAUCGACAUCGCUGACUGGAAGUCCAACACCCGCCUGAAGCACUGCACCCUGGACAGCAACAUCGUCAAGUGGUUUUGGAAAGCCGUGGAGUCGUUUGACGAGGAGAGGAGGGCCCGGCUACUGCAGUUUGUUACUGGCUCCUCCAGAGUCCCACUGCAAGGCUUCAAGGCUUUACAGGGUGCUGCAGGGCCCAGACUCUUCACCAUUCAUCAGAUCGACGCCAACGCCAACAACCUGCCCAAAGCCCACACCUGCUUCAACCGGAUUGACAUUCCGCCCUACGAGAGCUACGACAAGCUAUACGACAAGCUGCUGACUGCGAUCGAGGAGACCUGUGGCUUCGCUGUGGAGUAAGCGGCCCGUUGGGGAGUGCGUUGGUGUGUGAACAUGUGUGUCUGUGUGCAGGACUCUGAUGGACUAUUAUCGUCACUGCGGCGCACCGACAGUCUUCCUCUUCUCUCACCGCUCUCCACAUUCUCCCCUCAUCGAUGUCUGUUUGAACAGCUGCUGGAGAGUCCUCCCCUGUCAUUUAAUUAGUAUUCCUUUAUUAGUUUUGGUGUAGUUUGUGUGGCGUACGGAGAGCAGAGUGAUAGCGGUUCAGUUGAGAGCUGCGGGUUGUUGCGAGUGAGCAGCUCGCUUUCGACGGCUCCUUUUGCAUUCAGAAAAAGAAACGGCGCCCGGUCAUCUCACUUUACAAAUGAUCAAAUCAGGAAGUAGUUCAUAGACUUAGUUUAACAUCUUACAAAAGCGUUUUCAAAGUUGUCCCCAGGCAUGAGAGCAGUGAGUCACUAUAUUGUUGUUCAAUUUAAACUGAUUGAAUUGAUCCAUGUCAUGCUACUGAAUCUUUAACACUGCAGGUAGCCAUAGCUUGCCCUUAUUAGCCAUCUUAACCUCAACCAAUACACCUUCCAAUCCUCACGGCUGCAGUGUUGGUGUGCUUUAUUUUGUAUUGGCGCCACAAAUUCAUCCUACCUCUGUGUAAUUCUUUGAUAUUUGAAGGGUUUCAUUCCAAAAUGUUAUGUAUUGAUAGCUAAUUUAAUUCAAAUUCAGAAUAUAUUUUUUUCUUUUCUUUCUUUUAUUUUCCCCACAACAUUGCAUCAUAAUUAGUCUUCAUACCAGCAGUCAUUUUGUAACUGCAGAACCAUAUCAUUGACAUUCUCGUACAGACUGUCUUGGAUGGGGGUCCGGUGUUUUUUGGUGUUUUUGGGUCGAGCUCAUGGUGGAUGUUUAAAAAAAGGAGGGACGGACUCCGGUGAAAAAGAGGGUGUGAAUCUUAUUUUCUUUCCCAUAAUCACUGCAGUGUGGCCACAGCGCUUGUAAACAUGUUUCCUCAUGUUUAAACAUUUGUAUGCAAGGAAGAUAAACAGUUUAUAGAUGAGUUCCCCCUUAUCUCUACUCGCACAGUAUCCCAUAUUUAAAGCGACGGAGGGGAUUACACCUCACUUUUCGAGCCUGGUUCGUCUUCCCUUUCUCACAUUUGUCUCCGGCAGUUAAAAGUAUGCAUGUCUUUUUCCUUUAUAUCCAAUUCAGAAUAACCCAGCACACUUCCCAUCAGAUCAUAUGUUAAAGGAAACCGCUGUCCAGAUGGGACCAGAUAUUCAAGGCAGGCGUCUAUUUUCAGUCCCAUCCUCAGUUUAAAAAGGCCGAAGUAUCUAUCUAUCUAUCUAUCUAUCUAUCUCUCUAUCUCUCUAUCUCUCUAUCUCUCUAUCUCUCUAUCUCUCUAUCUCUAUCUCUAUCUCUAUCUCUAUCUCUCUCUCUCUCUCUAUCUCUCUCUCUAUCUCUCUCUCUCUCUCGUCACUUUAGAGCACUUUACAAACUGAGCCGUGAUGGCAGGAUUGCUUUCUUCACGUUAGAUUGAAAUAUAUCAUUUAAUUUGCUAUGUGACUAGAAUUAUACGGAGUAAAAAGUAUCUAUACACCUGUCAUUUUUUAGUAUAUAUGUACAAAUACAUAGCUAUUUUGUAUAUGGUUUUCUUUAUCUUUCUGUUCUAUUCAAAUGCAAGCAUGUUGGUGUCUGUCAGAGGCCUCUUUGCAUUCUCAGGUGAAGUUGUUUUGUUUUACAUUCAUUAGGUCUGUGUGUGAGGAGGGUACAUCUGGUUGUAAUGAAAACUAUAUUUCGGGGGCCCUGUCUUUAAACCCAUGAUGGAGCCUCAAGGUUGGCAGUUUAAAAGUGAUAUUUUCUUUUGGUCAAUCACUUUCACUUAUUAACACACACACCUUCAUAGGAGGCAUGACUGGCCAUAUUUGCUGCUCUGGAGGUCUGUGGCGCUGCUGAACUCCAAACAGCACAGACAACAAUGUUAUUUCAUUUGCACAGGAGCAGUCUGGUUGCAACAUGAAUUUUUUAAAAGCGACGAAAUGGACUGAAAUGCUGACGGUGGCCUCAAACCCUCAGAGCUGCAAAUGUUGGAGGUUGAGUGCUGCUGAACUCGCGAACAUGUUCAAUCGCAAUGAAAAGUCACCAAAGGCCAGACAGGCAGCAGAGAGAAGCAGCUCCAUCGCCUCCAUCCAAAGAAAACCUCUGCAUGAAUGGACGCUGAAGAGAUGAUGCCUAUUUAUUUGCAUAAUUAUUACUCUUUAAAAACGUUUUGAAUUGGAAGAAUCUGUUAAAUGUUCCUUUUUUUAUAUAUAUAUAUAUGUAUACUGCCUGCAUUUAUUUGUAACCACAAACAGUUUGUUCGCUGACACUAGUCAUGAGACAAAACCGAGAAACACCACAUAAAAUUGUUGUUUUUGUACAGUUAAAUAUGAGUUAUUUGAUUUUUACCUUUUUUAAUUACCUGACUCGGAGGCAGUAAAGAAAUACAUUACACUUUUCUUUUCUUUUUUGCACACAUUAUGCACACUUGGGCUCCAAGUUAUAAUCAGACACUUCCUUCUAUUUACCAAAUAGUUAAUGGACUGAUUUUUUUUUAAUGUAGAUAACACACACACACACACACAUAUACAUAUACACGUGUAUGUUCGUCCAGUGCACACAGUCCACUGCUCUUUGUAACUUUUAGUUGGCACCAUGUUUUCUGGCUGGUUCAGUCUUCAGUGCAAAGGUUUUGGGGGUUGAGAGCUUCCAGAUUGGGGAAAUGCCACUUUUCCCCAGUAAAGCAGCCAAAUUGAUCGGACAUUUUCAAGAAUAUAGCAGGUUGUGUUAGUGGUAAAAAAACAAAAAAAAGGUAGAUUGUUAACUUUUUCAAGCUUUGAAAACCUGUCAUAUGAAGAGAUUUUUGUCUCGCAAUUGAUCUGAUGAAUCUGAAUAGAUUGAGAGCCAGUUCGGGCCACAAUGAUUUACUUUAAUGCUGGUUUAACAAGCUGUGUAAUGUUCAACUCUCUCCCCACAGUUUAAGUACAAAUGUAUAUGUGUGCUCGCGUGUUUGAGAAUGACUUUAUUAAAUUCAGUACAAAACAGUAAAAAGAAAAAAGUCUUUUA